AUGGCUUUGAUGGUUAUUGCCCUGGCGUCCUUGCUGGUAGUCGCAAGUGCAAAGCCAGAACUUUCUCAAAGCUAUCAGGCUCCAGGAUCUUCCUUUGGUGGUUCUGCAGGAGCCGCCAGUUUUCCUCCGACCUGCUGCAAGAGUCGUCCCCAGUAUAGUUUUAACUAUGCCGUCAACGAUGCCUUUGGUAACGAUUUCGGCCACCAAGAGGGGCGCGACGGAUACAAACAUCAGGGAUCCUACUACGUGCAGCUUCCCGACGGUCGUCUGCAAAGAGUCACGUACACUGUCACGGCAACCAAGGAUACGUGGCCCAGUGACAUACGAGGGUGUGGCUCAGCUAUCGCCCUGGCUAGGCCUUCCUCAGAGCUAUCAGGCCCCAGGGUCUUCCUUCUACGGGUCUGGGGCCAGAUGCAUGAGCAGCUAAACAUGUCCCAG